GUGCCGGUAUUUGCCGACUCCCGACUUGGACAAGCUGCGCCCUCUCAUUGAUGGCUUUCAGGCCAAAGAAGACGAUGAGAAGGUUCCAGAGGCGGAAUUGACAGCUCUCAUCGAUGCUGAACUCAAAGAGCGGAUCUCUUUGGAAGAGCGCCUCAAGGUACUCGAAGCUGACAAGCAAAGCGAGCAGAAGAAGCUCAAAGAGCGCAUCACCCUUGGAGCCGAGCUCACGACUCGAAUGGGCGCACUGAAGCGCGCCAUGGAGCCAGUCCGGACGCUGCUGCAAG